UUACAGUUAACAUCUUACAAAUAUGGCAAAUGCAGGUUACACAUGCAUAAGAAGGACAUUUUGCUGGCUCAACAUUAUUUUAUGGCUUUGUAGUUGUGCUUUUCUGGGAGCUGGUAUUUGGUUGCGUUUAUCGUAUGAAGGCUAUGCCACACUACUGCCAGAUCAUGCUGCCUUAAGUGCCGACUCUGUGUUCAUGUGCAUUGGUGUCAUUGGCUUUGUGACAUCUUUCCUGGGCUGUUGUGGAGCUUGGGUGCAAUCACGUUGUCUUUUAGUGUUGUAUUUCAUGUUAAUUAUUACGUUGUUUUUGAGUGAGUUCUUAAUCGGUUCGAUUGCAUUUAUAUUCCGUGGUGGCCUGAGUCGUACUUUGGCAAAUGAGUUACGUUUUGGCAUAGAACAACAUUAUAAUGCUACGGAUCGUGGCUCGCUUAUAGCGCCUUCGGUUGCUACAAUUUGGGAUAAUGUGCAGACAUCGUUUGAAUGUUGCGGUGUCUCCUCCUAUGAAGAUUGGUAUGACAUACAGUCCUGGAGUGGCAAACGUUGGGUGCCUGAAUCUUGCUGCAAACCUUUAUAUGAAAAUCGAGGCAUACUCACAGAGGGAUCGGGCGAUAGUCUAUUAAUAAAAGUAGAUUGUGGCAGAUCUGAAAAUCCCUCCUUAUGGUGGGAUAAGGGAUGCGUUCACUCCCUACAACACUGGCUAACAGAUAAAUUAAAUAUAAUCGGUGCCGUUGGCUUGGGCAUAGCAUUUGCCCAACUUUUCGGUCUCAUAACAUCCAUGUUACUCUUCUGCACUGUCAAGCAUAAGCGAGAAUCCGAUACUUAUAAAUCCUAUUCACCCUCUAUUGAUCCCCAGACACGACCGAGUAGUUGGGAAGAUUGAACAAAACUCUAGGUGAAGCAUGGAAAUUCUUCUUCAACCUAGAACUUCACUAUAGAGAAACCAGUAAAUCAGUGACAGUUAAAAGUUAUAAAAUCGAUUAAAUCUAAGAGGAAAAGUAAGUGUGCCUUUUUUUCUUCGCUAAAAAAAAAGUCAUAACAGUGUGUGCCAAAAAACUAAUUUAUAGUCUCCUAUAGUCUUAUAUAAAGUGAAAUAUUAUUAUUUUAUUAAUUAUAGUUUUAUUAGGUUGAUAUAACUUUAAAAUAAUCCCACAAAAAAAUCAUAAAUCAAAAAAACAAAAGAACCAAUUUUGGUUAUUGGUUCUUAAGUAUUAAAUUAUAAGAGUUAUUAUUUAAUUAUAAAUUUAUAUAUUAUCAAAAUGUUAAAUUGCAACUUAAGGGAUCGGUAAAUGGGGUUUUUGUAUAUAGAUUUUGAAACGUUUGGCUUUAAGUCAUCUAAAAUGCAAAAUAAUGAAACAAUCAAGGGGAAUUUAUUAUAAAAGACGGGCGAAUUCAUGCAUAUCUUAUAUAUGGAGCAAUGCGUAUUAAAUUUUGUUUAAAUGUAGAAUAAAUGUCAAAAUCAAGGCGGGCAAAAAUAUUGUUAUUUAUAAUAACAAAUGUAAACAUAAAAAAAGAUUGCCAGAAGACCUACAUUAAACCACGGCGUUUUAAGAAACGUCUGCUUUUAUGCGGCCACCU